UUCAUGCAGUUCCUUGGAUGGUACGAAAGGAACGAGACUCUGUAUAUCGCGAUGGAAUAUAUUGAGAUGGGCGACCUCAGGAAGCACAUUAGUAAACCGCUGCCGGAAAAGACCGUUCAGCUAAUUACAAAUCAACUACUCGAGGGUCUGAAAGUCAUGCAUGAGAAAGGGAUUGCUCAUCGGGACCUUAAGCCAGAGGUAGGACUGCUACCUGCCAAGCGCCCACAGAGAGUAAGCCCUGUCAGAGGGUUCAAGCUGACGGACAAGUCCAGAACAUCUUUGUUGUUUCCAGAUCGCCUAUCCGGGUCAAGCUGGGAGAUUUCGGCAUAUCAAAACGGAUCCGAGCUCAGGACCUCACGACUUACCGCACUCAGUUCUGUACUCGGUCCUACGCAGCCCCAGAGGUUCUGGGAGUAGACCCCAAUAGCGAGACCUCGGUAUACACAAAGGCCGUUGAUAUUUGGUCACUCGGAUGCGUGGUGUAUGAGCUACUUGUAGGAGAAAAAUUAUUCGGUCCGGAGGGCCUAAUACACUCUUAUUUCCACGGGCGAUGGUCCUUCCCCAAAGCUAAACUCAAAAACCUAACCCCACCAACAAACGAUGCCGGCAUCUCGCUGAUUGAAUCCAUGAUUUCAUUACAACCGGAUGGUCGCCCCAGUGCUAUCGAGGCCUUAGACCACAUAUGGAUAGCAGACCUUAAGAGCGAA